GAUAACAUGUCAAAUGUCAAAAACUCACAACAGAAUUAUCACAGAUUUCGUUUGGAAUUUUUGGUAUUGAAUUUAUAAUCAAAUAAGUACACAUUAUUUAAUUAUUAUGUCAUCGGACUCUCAAGAGGAUUUCGAUGUAAUGUUCGGCCUUAAAACAGUGCUAUGCCAAAUUGAAGGUGCGGUGGCUAGAAGGAGUAAGGACCUGCCACAAAUAGCACCAAGGCUCGUAGCUGUGUCAAAAAUUAAGCCGGUUUCACUUAUAAUUCAAGCGUACGAAGCUGGUCAAAGACAUUUUGGAGAAAACUAUGCCAACGAACUAGCUGAAAAAGCCCACAAUACAGAUAUACAGGAGAAAUGCAAAGAAAUAAAAUGGCACUUCAUUGGUAACUUACAAUCGAAUAAAAUAAACAAACUUUUGGGCUCUCCUGGGCUUUUUGCGGUGGAAACAAUUGACUCUGUGAAACUUGCUGAUACUGUCAACAAACAAUGGGCAAAAUACCGGAAAGAGGAAGGUGAUAGGCUGAAGGUUAUGGUACAAGUGAAUACCAGUGGAGAAGAAGCAAAGAAUGGUGUGGAGCCAAAAGACGCAGUUGCACUUUAUGAACAUGUUCUAAAGAACUGUGCAAAUCUUGAGCUUCUGGGCCUUAUGACGAUAGGGCAAUAUGGCUACGAUGUGUCUCAAGGACCGAACCCAGACUUUGUUUCACUUGCAAAAUGCAGACAGGAAGUUUGCGAGAAAUUGAAGUUAGACAUAAAUAAGGUUGAAUUGUCAAUGGGAAUGUCUACAGAUUUCGAGCAUGCGAUUGAACUGGGUGCAACAACUGUACGCGUUGGAACUAACAUUUUUGGUGUAAGGCCACCAAAAAGCAAAUGAAUUUUUAAUAUACCUACUUAACUACUUUAUGCUUUAAGUGUUUCAAAAGUGAAUUUCUGUUAAAUUUAUUACAAUCCUCUACGUUUGUCCAUACAUAUGGAAAAAAUAGUUUCCAAACUUUUUAUAAGUACUACCUGCAUAAGUGGGUGUUUUUAUUUUAUUUAUUUACAGUAAUCUACAUGUCUAGAUUAUAACUUAUAAACCAACAUAAUCUAUCGAAGCAUAGGCCGUUUAUAAUUAAUUAUAAGAUAGUUAUGUUAUUUCAAUAAUGUUAAAUAGUUAAGGGAUGUUAUACCUAGAAAGCAAAUAAAUAUACUUUAGUAAUAAAGAUUGUUAUAUGUU